CAAGCAAAAUAGUCAAAAACCAGUUUCUCUCUUGCAGUUGCUGAACUCGAAAAGCACAGUAUCAUGACGAAGCAAUUGCUCGCUUUCCUAUUCACUGUUUGUCUCUUAACGUCAUCUUUCCGUGCCUUCCAAUCAGAUGAGCUUCUUGUAGACGACGAAGAGUUCGGCAUCGAGGGAGCCUCUUCUCGCCCUCAACAACGUUCAUCUGAUCCUGCAAAUACCAGAUCAUCCCCAACUCCUGCUACUACUACUCCUACCAGUACUCGAAGGAAGUUCUCCGAUCCGGAUUCCGACUCCAAGAUCCAAUUCACCCUCGAACACGCCUUUGGUGACUCCGAUUUCGUUCCUGCCGGUACUUUCUCUGCUCGCCUCAAAACUUGGGGUCAUGGCGGCCAGACUCUUACGAAGCUGCGGUUUUCAAGAGACUCCUUUACACAAGUGGAAAAGGAGAAAUUUGAAAAACUGCUGCUUGGUGAUGAGUUCUAUAGGAUAAGACUGCCAUCUAAUGUUUUGAGUCCUCCUGGAAGGGAUUAUGUUGUUUCAUCCGUCAAAGCAAGAUGUCUUCCACGGGAGGGUUUGGAUGAGCACUUUGUGAUACACAUGGAAGGUGUUAAUAUCUUAGCUGUCAACUAUGGUGCCCCUGGGGCAUGCCCCUACCCUCGACAAAUGAAACUUCCUGCAAAGUGGUCAUUCAAUUCCCAUACAGUUCUGAAGAACAGCGAGCAGGCACCAAGAACUCCAAUAUUUACUGAGGAGACCAUUGGAGAAAAUGGAGAGGGUGAAGCUGUGCAACCACCAGAAAGGUCUUUCUGGGCUAAAUAUUGGAUGUACUUGAUUCCUCUUGGACUCAUAGUGAUGAAUGCCGUAACUCAAGCGAUGAAUCUGCCUGAGGAACAAGCCAUGGGUCAGGCAGGUGCCCCUUCGGCAGCAGCAGUUCAGCGAGGGCCGGGUUCUGCUGUUAGAAGAAGAUGAGUUGUCUGAACGUUCUGUUUCUACAAAUGCGAAAGGAUCAGACUUUAUAUUCUUGUAUUAAAGCAAUAGAGUCCUCUGUAUUUUUAUCAAGUGAUUUUUGAUUGCGCUGGUAGCUAGCACAGCUGGGAUGGUUGUAGUUAGGGCUAUGACUGAGUGACAUUAGAGGGAAGUUCCGGUUUAGCCCGUAUCUUCAAUCUUUUAAUCUAAAUUUAAUCCAAAGUUUACAGUGAGUUUGACCUGGUUUGUGAUCAACCCAUUUUACUUUAAUUUUUCUCUUUUUUAAUUUUUAAAUUUAAGUUCGUUUCUAUCA